AUGUCUCUCACCUGCGGGCUCUUUCGCCGUCGUUCCAAGUCGGACGAGAAGAAGCCGCGGCGGACCCGCACCAUUUCCAUCUUCGACCCGAGUCUCGAUGCCCUCAAGCGAAUGAUCAAGAACGCCACCAUGAUCUCCCCGAUAAGGCUCGGUGAUGGCGACCCGACCCUUUCCCGCCGCAACACAUUGACACGCGAGCAUUCCAUGACACCUGAAAUGAUUGACAUCCUAGAGAGAGUAUACGACGACCUACGAACCGACGAGCCUGAGCUAUCCAAAGAAGCAUUCAUCAAAUUCAUCAUAGAGACCCAGGGCGAAACCAUGGUCCAGCUGGAUAAAGAACAAUACACUCUGGGACAGUUCCUCUACGUCUUGGCACACGAGUAUCGCUGGGAAGCCAUCCGGAAGCCAUCACAAAAGGAUUACUCGAAGCCCAUCACAAACUACUUCAUCAACAGCAGUCAUAAUACUUACAUCAGCGGCAACCAAUUGGCUUCGAAAACUUCUCCAGAGGCAUACAUGAAUGUCCUAAAGAAGGGCGGUCGUUGUAUCGAAAUCGACGUCUGGAAUGGUGACGAUAUUCCGGUCGGCGGCGAAUCCAAAUCCCCAUCUGGCAACGGUCAUUCGAGGGCCAUUUCUGGCAUAUCCGGCAGCUCUCUCCCCUAUGCGGCCGCUGCCGUCUUCGAGAAGAUGGAAGACAAGCUCGAAGCCGCCAAGGACACUGCCAAGGGCUAUCUCGGGAACUCAAGUGGCGGACGUUCAAGAAGCACCAGCACCAACAGCAGAACCAUGACCGACGACACAUCAUCCAGCUCCAGCAACGUAUACCUUGCCCCGGUGGUCAACGUCUCCAGCGACAAGUUGGAGAUCCCCCGCCUCUCGAGGACUCGACAGUCUCUGCCACGGGGAGAGCCCAUCGUCACCCACGGAUGGACAUUUACGACUCCCUGUGGAUUCCGCGAGGUGUGCGAGACGAUCCGUGACCAUGCCUUUGCUCAUGGCAAUGACCUGCCCAUCAUUAUUAGCUUGGAGGUCCACGCAGACCACAACCAGCAAGAGGUCAUGGCGACAAUCAUGAAGGAGGUCUGGGGAGAUAUGCUUGUCCAGCAGCCUUACGAGGGCUGCGAUCCCAAGUUCAGAGUACCCACGUUGGACGACCUCCGGUGCAAGAUCAUGGUCAAAGUCAAGCGCACAGAGGACGACGGCUCGACCUCGGACGAUGAGCACGCCCCUCGUCUCCGAGCAGCCGCUUCUUCUCCCGCCGGGGCACUCCCUCAGCAGGAUGAGAACGGCAAGGUGACGAUAUGCAAGCCCUUGAGCGACCUCGCCGUCUACACCCGCAGCGAGCGAUUCAAGAGCCUCAGCACCCCUCAGGCGAAGCAGCCCACCCACAUCUUCUCCAUCAGCGAGGACCGGAUUCUGGAGCUGCACGAGAAGUUCCCGCGCGAGGUCUUUACGCACAACAAGAACUUCUUCAUGAGGGCCUUCCCGGCCGGACGAAGGAUCAACAGCUCCAACCCGGACCCGAGCCUCUUUUGGCGAAGAGGCGUGCAGAUGGUGGCCAUGAACUGGCAGAACAUGGACGAGGGCAUGAUGCUCAACGAGGCCAUGUUCGCCGGCGAGGACGGCUGGGUCCUCAAGCCCGCGGCGUACCAGGGCGCCGACAAGGCCAGCGUCACGCUGGACCACGCCGCCAAGCACACGCUGGACCUCUCCAUCACCUUCUUCGCAGGCCACAACAUUCCGCUCGAGGAUGGCGAAGAAGACACUUCGCGCAGCAGGAGCGCCCUCCGCCCCGUCGUCAAGGCCGAGUUGCACAUUGGCGAGGACGACAAGGACGGCCACGAGCACUCUUACAAGCAGCACACAAAGACGGCCAAGUCAUCCAACCCCGUAUUCAUGUCCAGCUCGCAGCACAAGGACGCCGGCGACAAGUUGCAGUUUCUCAACAUUCCCAAGGUGGUGGAGGAGUUGAGCUUCAUCCGACUCAAAAUUGAGGACAACUCGCACACCGUUAGUUCACCGUGUCUCGCCUGGGCAUGCAUCCGCCUUGACCGGCUGCAACGAGGGUACCGCUUCAUCCGCCUCUUCGACAUGAAGGGCAACGAAAUCCUUGGCGGCAAGCUGCUUGUCAAGGUCGAAAAGGUGUUACGGUAA